AUGCAUUUCAACCCCAAAGAAAGAUGGGCUUCUACAGAAGAAGGGCGCAAAAAGCUAGUUGAAUGCUUGAUGACAAACUCUUUCGAGAUGGAUGCUGGUAUUGGAAACCACAACCCUGAAGUUCUACCACGACGAUAUUUGCCACCAGGCACCUAUUCAGACCUUUACAGGCUGUAUCAGGCAGAAUGCUUUGCAAAAGACCAGCCUACUGCCUCGGCAUCAACUUUUUUCCGGACAUUGAGAAUUUCUGGCUGGCGAAAGAAGAUAAAAUUCAGAGGGCAAUCUACACAUGCCCAAUGCUGGGUUUGCCACAAGUUGAAGUCAGCGAUUCGCAAUUCUAGAGACAUCAACAUGCACGCUCAGUCUUGUGAUCAAUACAUGCGUCACCUAAGUGGUAUAUUUGCUGACAGGCAGGUAUAUGGUCAAACAAAAUGGCGUGCAAAAACUCAAAAAGAUAUUUUGUGUUGCAUCGUGGACUCCAUGGAUAAGAGUAAGUUCCGUCUACCACGAUUUGCAGCAGGAAGAACCCCGAAGACACUCGAGACAAAGAAACGCCCUGAGCUGGAAUUCACAACAUGCAUAAUGCAUGGACACUCUAUCAAUGUGUUUGUGACAGACUCAGAACAAUCAACUGGCUCAGACUGGAGCUUGGAGGUCCUUGCUCUGAGUGUGGCUGUCUACCUGAAUGAUGAACGCAAAGAGGUAUUAAUCGAGAUGGCAGAUUACCUCGAGGCUAACUAUACCAACUAUGCCCGUGGAAUUGAAUACCUUCGGAAGUUGGCUGGACAAAUUGCCAUGCGUCGGAUCCCUCCAAAAAGGAUUGAAUUCCUUUUGCUGAACAUGGCUGGAAUUCAAAGGGGUGCUGUGAUCCUGGGAAACCCUGAGAUUCACACCAUCCACACCAUGCGGGCUAUGGAUCAAAUCUUCGAGUGGUCCUCUGUCAAGAAACAUGUGGAGAUCCAGCAGCCUAUCGAAAACAUCCCGGCAACUUCUAUGAAGGGAUUCCACCUGGACCUUUGGAAGCUAUCGUUCUAUGAGAAUGCAAAGUAUGGUGAGACUGGCCGGUUUCCUGCCACCCAUUCCUUGAAAGCCCACUUUGGGUCUUUUCUUGAGAAUGGAUUCGAAAGCCACCGUGAAUGCUUAGAGGUCAAGUUUCGGUUGAGCAAGGAGGAAACUGAACAAUCGAUUUACAAGGUGAAUGACUUCAGCGUGGGGUAUGUGGAUGGCCAGAACAAGGCAAUAAUCAUGCUGAGCAUCAUGGCCCUCCUGAUUGACUUGGGGGUCAAAGAAGAUGAGAUGAUGGAGGAUAAAGCUUUGUCAAAAGCUGUUGCCUCUUUCCGGUAUGUGAAGUGCCUUGCAAACCGCACUGCUGAGAAGACCAAGCCAUCAGCCUUGGAUAUGCUGCUGGUGUUCAAGGAGUCGAUUCGGAUCAAACAGUCUAGCACAGCUACAAAGAAGGGGGCCCUCCGAGAUCUUUUGUUUGCAUCGGUUGCAGACUACAACAAGACAGUGAACAAUCACCGUGCUUGGCGUGUGGGUGACAGUACCCGAAAGCUCAUCUACAACUUGCUGCGUUCACCAAAGGGCUUGUUGGAUGCAUUGAAGGCAUGCUACAAUGAGUCCAAACCAGAGCAUGCAGGCAAGCUGCUGAGCAAUGUGAUGGAGCAGUGGAAGCUGGGGAAGGGCCUCGAUCCUGAAUUUGAGUUCAAGAAGCUGGGAUUUGUGCAGGAGGCAUGUGGAAAACAGCAAGAGGAACAUGUGGUCAAUGCCCAGUCAACUGUCAACAAUGCCAGAAAGAACAGUUUGGCUGCAGCAUUCAACUUGUUUGCCACCAACCUGACGAACGACCAAUGUUUGCAAGACAAGUUUCUGGCAAUGGCUGAGAUGACCAAUUCUCGAGCGCGCUCUGUCCUCAUCCACGGAGUUGAAGCUGAGGGUGAAGGCUCGAGCUUUGCAGCUAAAAAUGAACCGUGGCUCCAAAGCACACUUACAGCGUUUGGGCAGGGCAUCCGUCGCCAAGAAUGUGAACGUGUGAUUGCGUGGGUCAACUAUGCCUGCUGUGGUGUUGUCCCUGCAAAGAAGAUCCAAUUCACAGUGGAACAGGUCACCCAGGUCUUGCACUCUUUCCCCAAGAAUGCUGCUGCCAUCAUUCUGUUGCCAAACCGGGCUGGGGAUUUGAGAAGCUCUCCAAAGUUGCUUGAUGAUGCAGCUGAUGAUGAGCAUGGUCAGGUGAAGAAACAAGAAGAAGGACUAACAAUUACAGGAAGCGAAGCUGAGGGCGAGGGUGAUGAGGAUCCAGCUGCCCACACUUCGGCUGAUGCAAUCUUGCGGGACUUCAGAUACAGGCUUCAGUGUGCCUUCAUGGAGCCAAGCCGUGACCUGAAGGUUCGCCCGCUGUCCAUCUUCUUUGAACCUUCAACGGUUUAUGGCACUCGAGAAGGAUACCACUCGGCCCUCAUGAUCACUUCGCAGGACCGUCACAACCACUUUUUGAAGAGCCAAGUCUACAAGUCAGGAUACAAGUGGGCAUGUGCUACUGCUUGUCACAGUCCAAGCGAUGCUGCCUUCUGUACCUCUGUGGUGUCGCAGAAGGCAUACUCUUUGGCGAGAUCUGGAACACUGAAGCUCCCUGGAUUUCCCUGCUUCGAAACCAUGGUGGCUGACUUGAAGAAAAAUGCUCAUGAUGUUCCAGUCCCUACGUUUGAAGUUUGUGUGCCUGUUCCAAAUGGACUGGCUGUCAAACAAAAUCUUGUUGACUACUGGGGUGGCAUUGAAAGCUACCAGUUGGAGGUGGGCGAGCUGGUCAAAAAGCACAAUGCAAAGUACAACCCACAUGGGAUCAAGCGGGGUGCUGCAGAGAUCUCCAGGUCUGAAGCUGAUGGUGCGGCUGAUGAUUGCAAAAAGAUUCGCCUUCAAACUACAAUGAAGCUGGCUGAGCAUGAGCCAACCAUUCAAGACAAGCUUUGUCUUACUUGCGGAACUUGCCGGCUGAUUUAUGAUGUCAAAGAAGAUGCCCUGUGGAUUGCAGGGACAGAGAACAAGAAGCGUGAUGUCUUUGAAGUCCAGGCACCAUUGGAGCUCUUUGGCUUCGGGUCAGGGGACUAUGUGGAGGGGCCAGAGGCAGCAGAUGUUCAAUCUGAUGUCUCUGGUCGCUGGAUCAGCUUCAAGGUUGGGGAGUCGAGUGAAUUGUGUGUGCUCGAAGCUGACAAGCGGCUACCCCAGCAUAUUCGAUCGCUGGAUAUCUUUGGCAAGGUUCUCAGCUACAAGGAUGCCAUCAAGGAUCUUGAAAAUGCUGGCGAAAUCAAUGUGAAGAUCUCCAUGCAUACCAUCGAAAAAACAGAAGGCUCGAAUGACUUUUGCUUCAAGGCACAGAAGAAGGUGUGCUUCGUGCUGGACCAGCCCAAGGAAAGCAAAAAGAAGAAGGCCAACUCAUCUGCUACAACGUUUGGGUCGAAGAUUGUGCUGACCAAGCUUCGCACAUGCCAGAACUUGAAGAUUUGCUGGCGUUUGAGGCUUCAGCCGGACCAAGCUGGAACGGGCAAAGACCUCGUCCCAAUCCGUCCUGUGGCAAUGUUAACACAGGGCUUGGAGGGCAAGAUGGACGAAAUGUAUCAACUGUUUUGA